GCUAUUUGUACCUCCUAUGGUGGAGAGCUGUCAUCGUGUGCAGUACUCUCGUGACAUAUACUGAUGUGGGGCUUUAGUGAUGAAAACUUCGCAGUCACGAUAUGAAUGGAGAUAGCACGGUUAAAUUGCGAUAUAUCUUGAUAUGCAACUUUAUCAUAAACUUCAGCAUUUUUGUAAUUUGUACAAUACAGCAAAAACAUCCACAAUCAUACAACGAUGGCUUCAAAAGAGUAGGUAAUGUCAGUGAACAUUCAGAACAUAUAGAGGGGUUUGAUUCCUCGAGGGUCGUGAAAGCAUUACAGGAUGAACAAGGUUCUGUUUCUUCUGAUACGGAUGGAUUAGAUAUACUACAGCCUUACAGGGAUCACCACGGUCCGAGGCAUCGUACGCACCGCCAAGUAAGAGAGUGCCAGGAUGUUAAGUAUGGAAAUUUAACUCAUUCCAAAAUUUUGUCUCAUGGAUUUAAUGAAAAUGUAAGUCUUCCCAUUGCUGAAACAAGGCACAUUAUCCACGUUAUACAACAAACUUAUUAUUUACGACGAGAUGUACUGAUGCACUUUUCUGUGAUAAACAAUCCAUUCCACACUGUUUCUGUCCUUGAACCUAAGAUGGAGCAUGGAUGUAAAGAGGGAGAGGCAGUUAGAGCCACUGUACUAGAGUCGGCUAAGCAGGAGGAAUGUAUAGUGGCCAUAAAUGCUGGCUUCUUCAACACCACCUCUGGAGCUUGUAAGGGAAAUGUUGUCAGUAAUGAGAGAAUAGUACAAGAUUCCGGUGGAAUUCAGAAUGCUCACUUUGGCAUAACAAAGAGUGGAUAUCUUUUUAUUGGAUAUCUAUCUGAGAUUGAUCUUAUUACGGAGGAUUUUCAGCAGUUAGUAGGGGGUGUUCUCUGGUUGAUUCGAGAUGGAAAGUCAUACCUGGAUGAGAGCCUUAAAAUAGAAUGCUCCGAUACAGAGGAAACAGGCACUUUACAGUACUUUGCAUCAGUAAUGUCUGCCAGAACAGUUGUUGGUCACGACAAAGAAGGAAGAGUCAUUUUUAUGCAAGCAGAUGGUAAAACAGGAGAAAAUGGUUUGAACCUGAGAGAGUUCAUUGAUGUGAUGCUGCAGUACGGCAUUGUGAAUGCAGUCAAUCUGGAUGGAGGGGGAUCUGCAACAUACACGGUUAACGGGACUCUCGUGAACUAUCCGUCAGAUCAGUGCAUUGAUGACAAAAAAUUCAACUGUGCCAGAAAUGUGUCCACUAUUCUCUGUGCUCAUUUGCCCCGGUGUCCAGAGGUCAACUGUUCAGGCCAUGGAACCUGUGCUCUAGGCCAUUGUCACUGUGACAGACACUGGACAGGAAGUAAAUGUGAUCAGCUGUUUUGUUCAGGAAAUUGUAGUGGGCAUGGGAUAUGCACAAAGGAUGGCUGUUCUUGUGAUGCUGGUUGGCAUGGUGACAACUGUAAUGGCGCGUGUUCACAGGGGCUGUAUGGGAUCGGCUGUAGGUACAGGUGUUCUUGUCUGAAUGGAGCAGAAUGUGACCCCAAGACCGGCAUGUGUCACUGUCAUCCUGGCUUCACUGGGACUUCUUGUCAGAACUUGUGCCCGUAUGGUUACCAUGGCAAUUCUUGUUUGGACCCGUGUUUAUGUGAUGAUGGCUGCCCUUGUCAUCCAGUUACAGGAAGCUGUAAUUUCUCGGAAUUGAACAAUGACAUUCUGCAAGCAAGUAUGUGUUAUUCCCAGAAGAAAAUCAGAGCAGAACAUCUUGUACCUGAUCAAUCAAGUGUUUACAGAUCCUGUCUAUUGGCUUUGGUUAUAAUAAGUAUCCUAGCAGCUCUCAGUCUGUUGAUAAAUGUAGUUCUAGCUUACAAAGUAUACACAAAGAAAAAACACAAAAGCCCGAGACGGAAGAAGGCAGUUUUGACAAAAUCAAAACAGUUAUACAGGUUUCCAAGCUCAGGAACAGAUGAGGACCUGUCUUCUUUCAGUGAUUAUCCCAUGGAGCAAACCAGCUUUAUUAAAAAGCAAAAAGGCUACUCAUAACAAGAGGUGGUUAUGGAGAUACUGCCAAACACUCCAGUUUCAUGUCAGGAUUACAAAGGAACUAGUGUGAAGUAUGUAAUUGACAUGUGCCUGUAAGCACAUAACGAUGUAGGGUGAAAACCCAGUAUCUGAAAACAACGGCUCAUUGGUUUAUGAUAGGAUCACCCAAGUCACUCAUCCAGGAAACUUCUCAUAUUAAUUUAUAUUGAUCCCGAUAACAGUAAACUUUGAUUUAACAUGGAGACUUUAAAUUCACUCUGGUGGUGGCAUUUUGGAUGGAGCGCAGUGGAUAAACAAUCAAUUAAAGUUUUUAAUUUGCAUAGAUGUGCUAUCCAAAAAAUGGAAUGUACUAUGGUGUUGACAGGCCUUAAAUAAAAGUUGUUGAUAGACAUAGCAGAUCUUUCCAAUGAAAAAAUUCCACUUCAGCACGUGUCCAUUAUAAGAAUAAGCUUUACAGAAGGAACAGAUUGCAGUUGUUUAAAGAGAGUAUGUAAUCCUGAUUGUUUAAUUUAAUAAUAUUGUAUGCAUGAGUAAUCAAUAAUUGAAAGAUGUAAUAUUGUAUGCAUGAGUAAUCAGGAAUUGAAAAAAUAUUGUAUGCAUGAGUAAUCAAUAAUUGAAAGAUAUAAUAUUGUAUGCAUGAGUAAUCAAUAAUUGAAAGAUGUACAGCAUACACAAAACUUUUAAUUUUGUAUAACUGUGUAUGAAUAUUUUGUUAAUAUGUUGUAUGGUGUGACGGUUAAGACGAGCGAAGCCCAUUAACAUCUUGCAACACAACUUUUAUCCGCCUCUUCAUUUAACGCGGGAAAUAUAACGCGGUUGAUGUAAACAGUUACAAAUUGUGACGCCAUAUUAGCUGCAAUGUUUUUUCUUCUCUCAAACCAAGCAAAAACAAAACGUUUGAAGCUAUGAGAAAGCUUGUCUGGAAUUUAAAAACAUUUGUGGUACUUUCUAAACAAUUUAAUUAUUUUAAUUACUGGAUUGUCAAUGAAGUAUACCGCAGUGACGACGACUUUGCUCGCUAUUAUCUUGAAUAUGUUUCUUUGAUUGAUAAGUGAGCGAGUGUGAAAUACUAGUAUGGCUUCUGAGUGGCCAUUGCAGAGAAGGUGUAUCGGAAGAAGAAGUGCAAUAUUGCUUACUAGUAAUUUGAUGGGGAUCUGGUGAUUUUUUUUAAUAUUGUUUUACUGGUGAUGAUUUUUAAGCUUUUUUUUCCUUCUUUAUCUUGACACAUUGGCAAUUGUAUCCAUUAUACAUUUGUGUAAUGUUUUCUUUAUCUAGACAUAUUGACAAGUGUUUCCAUUAUACACUUGUCAUUUUUUUGUGUAAUGUUUUCUUGGUUUUUAGUCAUUGACUGUUAGUGCAUUUUUAAAGUUGAAGGUUUUCUGUCUGAUGGUAUAAGGCUUUUCAUUGCUGAAUUUAAAUACGAUUAAAAUAACAGUUAUGAUCCAUGUCACAUAAUUCCAACACUGUUGUACAUGUAUAUAUAUAUAUGCAUUUAUUAAUAUAAUUUAAAAGAAUUCUUAUGAUUUUCCAUGUGCAAGGUUUAUGUACAUGUACAAACAAUGGGUAGAGCAUGGCAUUGUUUGAACAAAACAUCUCGUUAAUAAUGUUCCAGCUACUCAUUAAAAUAUGAAUUUUGAAAUAGUAACUAACAGUGUGUGAAGUUAUUAAAAGACAAGUGCAAACUUUAAAUACUUUAUAUGCCAGUAUAUUAUCUAUGUAAAUUUAUUUUUACACCACAUGCCUACAAAUAUUUAGAAUAAUGAUUUUAUAGACACUGAUUACCCAUUAAAAGAGAAAUGUAUAACUGUUCAUUUGAAAUACACAAUGUCAAAACAGGU